AUGGAUUCUUCAGUAGUGUUGUCUCUUGUGUUAACAUUUUCUUUCGGUCUAGAAGCAGUGAAUUGUUUCAUGUUUCGCUCGAUAUCCAGUCAUGCAUUUAAGGGUCUCAUUUCGCAAACGCUGUUCGACUUAGAUUGGCUGAGUUGUUUAGAAGCUUGUAGCCGAAGUGAGACAUGCGUGUCUUAUAACUACAACUCGCUGACAGAUACGGAAGGAAGAGGAAGUGUAUGUGAAUUGAUCAGCGGAGGAAAAUAUCUUGGCGAGUGUGAUACGAGUCAUCUUGUGUACCAAACUGGUUAUGUGUUUCACAGAAUAAAACUCAGCAGUAAGGAAGCAAACGGAAUAGUGCCAUGCAAAACUGCGGUGCAAGAUAAAGGCUUUACAGACUGCCACGAGUUGUUGCAAGCGGGAAGAACACAAAGUGGAGUCUAUACAAUCAACCCUGAUGGAAAAAACGAGUUUGAAGUCUUCUGCGAUCAAAAGACAAACGGUGGUGGGUGGGUUGUCUUCCAAAAGCGAUUCCGUGGCUUGGUUGACUUCUUCCGCGACUGGGCGAGUUACAGAGUUGGAUUUGGUAACUUGACAGGCGAGUUUUGGCUCGGUCUUGACAAAAUACACCGACUGACGUCCCUGAAACGGACUAUCUUGCUCGUAAAUCUGGGUGAUUUUAAUGGAGCCUCAGCGCACGCCAUGUACGACAGAUUUCAAGUGUCAAGCGAAGAAAACUUAUUCGAGCUUCACGACCUUGGAAAGUAUUCAGGAACAGCAGGUCACUCCUUGGAGUGGCACAAUGGUUUACCUUACUCCACCAAGGACCACAAUAAUGGUGACUGCCCUGAUGAAGAAUGUGCAAAAAUGUACCACGGAGCGUGGUGGUAUGGUGACUCCAUUCAAUCAAAUCUUAACGGCAAAUACUAUAUGACACCGAUUGCACCAGCACACGAUGGUAUCAUCUGGGCAGGUUGGAGGGGAUUUAAUACCUCCUUAAAAUGGACAGAAAUGAAAAUGAGACCAUGCCUUGACUGAAUGUCGAUUAGCUAGCUAACUGGCUCUUCUUGCAGGAAACCAUUCUCCUCCUAAAGCACCUUACGGACACAUUUACACUGAGCCGAAUAAAUUAAAAAAGGGAGUCUUUAGUCUCAAAACGCCCUGCAAUUUUUCUUUCCACAAUACAAAACGAAUGAAAUAUUACAAACGAGUGAAAUAUUCACCGUUCAUACUAUGCCGGAUUUAUUGUAUAUUGAAGCACUAUCAGUAGAUAAGCUUGAACAUAUCCCUUAGAAAUGCACACGAUGAGGGCAAAUAAAACAAGUAAACAACAAAAACAACAAAAAGCAAAAAUAGAUAAACACUAACGACAAAACUGAUAGAAAGAGACAAAAGAUAACAGAAAGAAGUAAACGAUCUAAAACCUAAUACGCAAAAUAAAAUAAAGGAAAAAAGAAUACAAAGAGGUAACAUAAGCGGUGGCUAACAGCGUCAUGUUAGUUCCGGGUUGAUGAGGACAGUGAUCGAGUCAAAUCGCAUAAAUGAAGUUCUUUUAUCAAAUUUCUUCAGCGUUGUUUAAACCGAGCCCGAGAAAGUUUUUCGACCCGUUGAGCUCAUGAAGAGACAAAAUGUGGAAUUGUUAACCAGCUCUUGAUAAUUCAGAACAAGUUCCCGUAGAUGAUACGUAAUUGCAAAAUUAGGGUUGAGUGGGAAAUGCAACGUGUGGCAAGAGGUUGUAUGUGUUGUAAGUAAAUCAAUUGAAUUUUCAACUCCGAAUGUUGCAUUUCUAGUGUUCUGGUUAGAUCACUCAACUCUGGUUAUCAGCUCAUAUCCCAAGUCAGCUUAUGUACUAUCUGAUGGGAGCUGAAAAUAAGACCCAAAUGUCCAA